AUGCGCAGUUGUUUUCUGGUAUUGUAUCAUUUGAAAUCAUUAACCAUCAUAUUAUUAACAUCACUUUCAAUUGCUGCCGCUGUAAGGUGUUUUUCAAGCAUGCAAAAAAGUCAGGCGGAAGAGUGUGGCCCUAACGGAUAUUGCUUUUCAUUUAAUGGAACUGAUCUUGCGGCAUACAUAAAAACUGUCCGUGGUUGUGAUGAUAACUUUAUAUGCGAGGUUAUGGUUAACAAUAUAACAGAAGAAAAGAAAUAUCCAGUUGGUACGCUGAAACAAAAUGCAUUUGGUUAUAUGAGUUAUUGCGCCAGGGAUGUUAUGAUACGCCCUACCCACGAAGAUAAAGAAAUGAUCGGUACACUAUGUUGCUGCAAUCAGGACUGGUGCAAUGCAAAUUAUAAGUAUGAACCGGUUAAUGAUUUAGAUAGAAUUUUCGAACUUGAUCAUGGCACUGUGGAAGAUUAUACUACAUUGAAAAAAAUAGCCAAGAAAUAUGGCAUAAGUUGA